ACUUAAAAUAUCAUUUUAGGUUUAUUCAGAGCUUUAAUAGAGCAAACCUUAAGUUCGAGGUUAGACCGAAAAAGCCAAAGAACUGCACUAAAGAAAUUAUUGAUGUGGUACGUUCUGAAUUUCCUCGUCGUUCUGGCAUUGUCUACUGCCUUUCAAGAAAUGAGUGCGAGAAGGUCGCUCAAGAGUUAAAGGCCGCUGGUUUGGCCGCGGAGGCUUAUCAUGCUGGAAUGACUGACCAACAACGCUGUAGAGUUCAAGAGCAGUGGAUUCAGGAAGACAAAUGCAAGGUGAGUCGAUUUUUUUCAAUUUUUACAAAUUGCUAA